GAGCAGCCCCAGUGUAGCUAAAACGAACAAGCCCAAUUACUUACUAUUUAAAUUAAUUUCGAAAUUUCUGAGAGGGGCUGUGCCCCUCCCCUUGACCUCCCCCCCCACUUAUACCUAUGAUUUACCUAUAUAAAGAGAUGAACAGAUCGAAUGUUCAGUACAAGAAUUGGAUUUUUGGUGCAAGAGUUAGCAUAAAAAUAGGAAGGAUGGUUCAGCUAAGCUGUAUUGUGUUUAUUGGUAUUGCACUAGUGUUCGUUUUCGCAGAGGAAUUAUACACCAGUCAGUAUGACUAUAUCGAUGUCGAUAUCAUUCUAGCAAAUAAUAAACUACGAAAUCAAUAUUAUAAAUGUUUCAUGGAAACUGCGCCCUGCAAGACAGCAGAUAUGAAAUUCUUUCGAGAAGUCUUUUCCGAAUCUCUUCAGACUCAAUGCAAAAAAUGCACGGAAAAGCAAAAGAUUAUUUUGGAACAUAUAAUUGAGUGGUAUACAGAAAAUAGACCCGAUGAAUGGAAUGUUUUAAUUCGGAAACAUUUGCGAGAUUUAGCAAAGAAAAAUGCUCAAUAAUUACGAAUAAUACUGUGGUGACAAAACUGAUAAAGAUAUUUGCAGCGAGCCGAUACUUUUAUAUUAUAUUAUAUAACACUAUACUGUACUAUAAUACUAUACUAUA